UGUUUCUUACUUACUUCCUCUACGGGUUGGGAUGAGGGCGGGGGGAAAAAAGUUAAGUUAAAAUCAAGUCAGUCCCCAGCAAAUAAAGAAGAUCAAGAGAGCGACACACGUUAUAUUGGCUUAUUAAAGUAAUUCGCCACAGCUGUUAUAAAUCGGCGCCCUGCAUAGACGGAAACGGCACUUGCGGAUAAGCGAGUGAAUUCGGGAGCCCCACCUGAGAUCGGCGCGACGCCCCCACCCUGUUUUGUUCCAUUUCGACGGGUCCAAGUGAAAGAAGAAGAAGGAGGAAGCUGUGUAGGUGAUGGCGGAGGUGGACAAACUUAACAUCGACUCGGUGAUCAGCCGAUUGCUGGAAGUGCAAGGCUCUCGCCCAGGAAAAAACGUGCAACUGACUGAAAAUGAGAUCCGAGGGUUGUGUCUGAAAUCCAGGGAGAUCUUCCUGAGCCAGCCCAUCCUGCUGGAGCUCGAGGCACCUCUGAAAAUCUGUGGUGAUAUUCAUGGACAAUAUUACGACUUGCUGAGGCUCUUUGAAUAUGGGGGGUUCCCCCCAGAGAGUAAUUAUUUGUUCCUGGGAGACUAUGUGGACCGUGGGAAGCAGUCCUUGGAAACAAUCUGCCUGCUGUUGGCGUAUAAGAUCAAAUACCCAGAAAACUUUUUCUUGCUACGUGGCAAUCACGAGUGUGCCUCCAUCAAUCGUAUCUAUGGCUUUUAUGACGAGUGUAAAAGACGAUACAACAUCAAGUUGUGGAAGACCUUUACAGACUGUUUCAACUGCCUGCCAAUUGCAGCAAUUGUAGAUGAGAAAAUCUUCUGUUGUCAUGGUGGACUGUCUCCAGACCUAACGUCAAUGGAACAGAUUCGCAGGAUCAUGCGUCCAACAGAUGUGCCAGAUCAGGGUCUGCUAUGUGAUCUUCUGUGGUCAGACCCUGACAAGGAUGUGCAGGGCUGGGGAGAGAAUGACCGGGGUGUGUCCUUCACCUUUGGGGCUGAGGUGGUUGCCAAGUUUUUGCAUAAACAUGAUUUGGAUCUCAUUUGCAGAGCACAUCAGGUGGUGGAAGAUGGUUAUGAGUUCUUUGCCAAAAGACAGCUGGUAACACUGUUUUCAGCACCCAACUACUGUGGCGAGUUUGACAAUGCAGGUGCCAUGAUGAGUGUAGACGAGAGUCUCAUGUGCUCCUUCCAGAUAUUAAAGCCUGCUGACAAAAAUAAACCAAAGUAUGGUCAAUUUGGGGGCUAUAAUGCUUCUGGACGCCCUGUAACUCCUCCAAGGAAUGCACCCAAAGCAAAGAAAUAAAAGGAUGUGCUGGAGGAGGACGACAGCAACUUCUAAGAUACUGUGGAACAGAUGAGCGGAUCGGUAAUUGUAACGUUAGCCUUCCUUCUGAACAACUCGCACCUUUCAUACAUGCAAGAAGAAAAAACAAAACUGUAUUUUGGACUUCAAUACUGUAGCCCGAGUUGCCAGGGUCCUUCUACUCCGUGAUUCCAAAUAAUGUUAAAUACUGUAUUUUUACUCUGCUGGGAGAAGCCAUGAAAGGAGUCCCUUCAAAAUUUUCCACUUGUGGGCAUUACCAGGCUUGCAAUGUUGCAUAGUCGUGAAGCCCCUCACUCGAUGACUGACCCCACACACCAUUCCUUUUUUUUCCUUUUCACUAAACCACUAGAUAGUAACUUCUCAACACCACUGUUGUGGCUGGUAGAUGGAUUGUUUGGAGGAAAAAAGGUUUGGAAAAGCUUGUUCACUUUUUUUUGGAUUGAUGCUAAAGAAGCUUGGUGUCCUUUAAUCGGAGCCAUUGCAGCUCAGAUUACCAAGCAUUUAGAUGAGCUAGACAGACCCAAGGCCGCCUCAAACUAUUGCUUUCCUUUUAUAUAGGUGGUCGGAGGUUGAGUGAUGGUUUCUGGGUCUGCAGUCCUUAAUUAUGGGUGCACUAUGGGCAGACAAGAGUUAACAGCCAGUGCCUUUAUUUUUGUUUUAGGUGUCCCGAGAUAUUAAUUUGUCAAAAUUGAGUAUUGCCUUUUGAAAUGAGAACUUGACACUGUAAACUCAAGCCACCAAUGGCACUUAACCCCCUGGCUUAGACCCUGCUCCCCAAGCAAAGUCGAUACAGAAAUGAUCAUGUUAAAUGUUUUGUUCAUGACUCAUGCCAGCUUUGUAUGCCUGCAGCCUAACGGUAAUGUGUCGACCAGCGUUUUUUAGGAAGAUUUUUUUUUUUAAUUCUAUUUUAUUUCCCAAACAAGUUUUUGAAGUUUGAUUUCUAUAUUCUCUCUGACCUUUUACAGACAGGUGUAGUUUUGAUGUGUAGAACCGGUUAACUUGAACAACUUUAACUCCUUUACCUCUCUCAGGUAGAAGAUGGCAGUAGGGACAGGGCCGCCUUUAUUAUCAAAGUGGUGGGCUCUGCUCUUUUUUGCCCAAGGGCGCACAAUGGUUGUGAUGAAAGCUCUCAAGUGCCUACCUUUUUAAGUGUUGGCUCGGCUCAAGAUGCCAAGUAUUUCAGCUACAAUGCCAAGUGUCCAGUCCCAUGAGAAUUUAAUGUGGGAGGCUAUUGCGUAAAAGACACUCUCACCUUUCAAGAGUCCAAGUUCAGGUGCAAAAGAUGCAUCUGGUAAAGCCAAAAUUCAGUUUUUAUGUGUGUGUAUAUACCUUUUUUUUUUUUUUUUUUUGUUUAUAUAAACUGUUUGCACGUAGGGAGUUUGGGGGGUUUGUGGCUGAUAACUGAUGCAGAGCUGGCCUAUGAGAAAACCACAAUGAUGUAUUUGUGAAAUGAAAUUUGAAAAUCACGACGCAUUGAGUGUUUUAAGUUGCAAACUAAAUUUGAAUGGAGUAGCAGUGAAUAUGAAUGCUGUAGCUGCAUAGCAUUUUAUAUAUCUGAAAUAUUAUGACUGGAGUAAAAAGAUCCUUUGAACUCAAUUGUCUGGCCUAUUUGAACAUGAGUCUCCUGCUACCCAAACAUGUGAACUUGAGUAGAAACAUGGCAAAUGUUAAAUACAAUAUUUUCAAUUUACACCCGGAAGUAAAUGCAACUGAAAUAAGACCAUUUUAGCUCCUUGCAUACAGACACUGCAGAAGAACAUCAAGUAAUGUAGUAGAAAGGUCUGGCAAAAGGUGGUGUGAUGUAGGUAAGCAAUGUUCUCACUUGUAGUGCACAAUCCUUUCAAGGACGCCUUCCGCUCAGGUUGACACGGGCCUGCAUAAUUUUACGGAAGCAGAUGCUCUUUACGUCCCUCUUCAUCUGAUAAAACGUUUCUCUCUUGAGAUUUUUGGCACUGGCAGCUGUCAUGUGAUAUCCUGUGCUAGAAAGCUGCUUUCUCUUUUUACCUCUUUCAGUGCAAGAAUUUCAUUAGGUUGUACAUAAAAAAUUCAGCUUCUCAGGGAGUGGGUUUACCUGCCCGUACCCACAACCAGGAUCAUGUGCGUAACUGAGCAGAGACACAAUUUCUUCCAACACACCCGUUUUACAUGCACAACUUAGCAAAACACACUGAUGUCAAAAAUGCACUAAAAAAAGAUAAGGAAAAAGUGAAUGGCCAUCAUGAACCUAAAAACAAGUAUGGAGUCUCUUGAGCUUAGCACUGUGUGUUCAGCUACUCAGCAUGAAUAUAUUUUUUUUAAAUAUGGAUGUUACUUCAGCCCUCUAUCACUGUGGUGUGGUGCGUUUUUUUUUUUUUGUUUUUUUUUUAUGUAACACCCAUGGUUGCUGAAUGCAUGUGGGAACCAAACAUAGGCAUAGACUGUGCCCACCCACAAGCCGGUUAAAGAUUUACAUGGUCACAAAUUACUCGUUGAGAAAUCUGUGUGUACGUGAAGGGUAGACGUGGCAUUUUUUUUUUUUUUUUUUUUGGAACUUGGUUAUUAAAGGACAUGUACUCACUCUCGGUGUAAGUUUAAAAAACUUGACGGUUAAAACCAAGCGCCUAUGUGAAGUGGCCUUUUCUGUCUUAUUACCUUGCAUUUUAGGAUGGAUUUUCCCACACUUAAGGGUUGACUGAUCUAGGGGCCAAUUUCACAAAUUUUAAAUGUCACCUCUUUGCUUUAUUGGCCAAAGCAGUGAACAUCCCAGACAUUGUCACGAGUAUUAUUGCACAAGGGGCAUAGGAUUUUAGAAUGGGGUCAGUAACCAAAUCAGGUAUAGGUACAAUCACUCAAAAGUAGUUUAACACCCCCCUGCAAAUCGGUGACUCCACUUGCCAUUUAUCGUCUCCUUACUAACGUGGUCCGAUUGGGAUUUAUGAUCUUUCUUAGCUUAUCUAAAAAUGAAAUGAGCCCCGAGUGCUGUAGCAUAUUACCUCAUGUGAGUAGAGCCAGAAGUAGAGCAAGGAAAGCAAUUUGUUUUCUGCUACCUCACCACAUUUUAGCAUCAUUGUAUGGGUGUGCGUUUAUAACAAGUGCUUCACGAGCUAUCAAACUGACACGUAUGUCACAUUUGUCCUAGUGACACACAGGAAAUUCAUAUGCAAAGAGGCUUGUUACAUAAAUGAUUUCAGCUGAGUUGGAACCAAAAAAAAUAAGUUACUCCACCGCCCACCACUUCAGCUGAAUCAGGUGCCUUUCUAAAUGAAGGUAAAAAAAAAUCUGAACAAGCAAGUUUUUCAUUUGUGCUUCAAGUCCAGGGGUAAGCAAUGUCAGUCCUGGAGAACCGCAGUGGCUGCCCAGCUUCUUAAUGAGAAGUCCAUUAUUGCCGAUGAAGCACUUAUUGCUUAAGUGACAUUUUGAUGCUUCAUUGUAGCGGUCUCGCUUGUUAAGGUUCUCCAACCUUAAUUGCUUAUUUCAGUCUUAAAGAGCUGCAUUCACUGUUUUAAUGGCUCCUUAUUAGCAAUAAGAUGAAAAAGACAAAGCAGCCAGCAGUUCUCCAGCUAACUUGUUUCCAUUUACAUCUGUGUAUGUUCAUCAUGCACUAUUUGAUUUAAUAAAACACUUAAUAGAAAAAUGUGACAGACUGAAAAUGAUCAGUUUUAGGCUUCAAAUCAUUUGGAUGAGACCCUUGGAUAUGAAAAAAAUCCACAAAAUAAGAACCUAACAUUGCAGACUAACAAACCAUAAAAUUAAAUAAGGUCUGAGACUGGCAAGGAUUGGUUUCUAAUGAAGCAACUGGGUUGAAACGAAAACCCGCAGCCCCUGUGGCUCUGCAGGACUGACUUUGCCCACCUCUGGCUUAGACCAUUUACUCAUCUUCCAAAAAAAGUGACCAUUAACAUUUUGGUUAAGGUGCCUUUUCAUCCUGUAUAAUACUUUUCUAGCAGUUACAUCUAAAAAAAUAAAAGGGUCUGUUCACCUGUGUGCCUGGUGGGUCUUUACAGACUUUCAUUCAGGCUGUACAUUUUGCCACCUUAUCUCCUGGAAGAGUAUUCCUGCAUCCCGCGAUCAACACUUUAAAUAAAAACAUUGAAAAAGUAAUAAUAAUUUAAAAAAGGCACAUAAGUUGCAAACAAGUUUAGAUCUUAAUCUUGCCUCAGUUAAGAUCAUAAAUUGUUGAAACAAAGAUGUGGAAAAGACUACAAUAAACCUUCUGGACCUCACUGCUGCGUGUGUGUUUAUGUGAGUUUCUUCAGCCCCACUGAAUUCCCUGAAGAUGCUAAUUAGCUGCUAUUUAAGUAUCCGCACAUCCUUGCUUGAAAAAUCACUGAGCAGUAAGGCAUUGGAAGUAGCUUAACAUUUUGUGAUGCAGAGGUGUCGGUGUUGAGGGCACCACUCACACCUGCCCAAUCAAUUUACCUCACUUCCAAAUUUGAAGGAAGGCCAUGAAUGAACACCAGUAGCCCCCCUACACACCAAAGCUAAAAAUCAGACUUGAGUGUUUUUCCACAGUAAUGCACAUUGUGGCAGCUUUUUUUUUUUUUUUUUCACUAAUCUGAAGUAAUUCAGUAGGAAAGCUGACAAGCAUGGCAUGAAUGUUGAAGAUCUGAGCUUUUGGAGAUUUUAUUACUGAGCAAAGGCAACAGCACAAGUCUUUCAUGACAUGGCUGCAGACAAUAGACUUGUAAGCAGUUUAUGUAAGUCGCUUUGGAUAAAGGUGUCCACCACAUAAGUAAAUCUAAAAUGUAUGGGUGGGGGGCUUGGAUAUACAACAGCAUUUGCUACAUGAUCCCCAUGUUUAACAAAAUAAUGAAAAUGAACCGUUCAUAAAAUCACAGUUGUGCCUCUCCCUAAGAAAAAGGCUACACAUUGUGAACUGUAAACUACUGUGUGAUUUAAAAAAAAUUCUUCCUGAAAAAUUUUAUACAAUUUUUUUUUUUAAACCAGAUUUUAUGUCCAUGUAAUUUUUCUCUGACCAAUCUAUUAAAAGACAAUCUUUCUCGUGAUAUUUUUUUUUUUUACCCUGUUUACAAUACUUGAGCAACUUCUGUAUAACAGACUUUCUAGUAAUAAAACCCACAUGUGUGAAACAA